UUCAGAAAACCUCAUUUUCCCGUUCCCAGUUUCCCACCACACCCCUCAAAUAAAAAGGGGCCAAAUUGAAAAUCUGCCCAAAUUUCAUUUCACGAUGCUCAAAAUUGAAUUAGGGCUUUGUUUCGUUUUAAUCUGUAGAGUAAUUCAUAUGAAGCAUGAUUUUCUAAUGGCGGUGAAUCGAAUAGUCCUCCGCAGCUGUAAAUCAAAGUAUCUGUAUUUUCGUAUAGAUAAGUGUACAUUAUUUAAUUUGAUAAAUAUAUGAUUUUGUGUAUACAUUAUGAGCUCACUACUUUAUGGUUUUCUGUUUGUAAUGAAUUAUAUCCUUGUGUAUGCAAAUUCAGAAAUCACUGAUGCAUUUAAGUAUAUUAUUGCAGAAUAUGUGGGAUUGUGCAUUUAUUUGACUGAAGGAGUUGAAUUAUGAGCAUAUGUUGUUAUUAUAGUAUGGUGAUUUCUAUAAAUUUAUUACUUGUGUUGGUUAGCUAGAGUUGCUCGUACAGGAUUACCCUCCAUUAUGCGGAUGUCGAUGCACACACUGGAAAUGCGUGAAAAUCAUGCCGUGUAAUUAUAGCUUCUCGAUAGGGAUAUUCCGUGUGUUUAUUUAUCUUCCUAAUUUGGAUUGUGGCUAGAGAAAUUUCUAUGUCCGUAUCUAAUAAUUGCAAAUUCACGCUAAUUGUGCUUAUAUGCGUGCUUAAUGUGUAUGUAUGUAAGUUUGUGAAUAGUAAACUACCGUCUUGUAGUAAUUAGUUUGAGGGUGGAAUCAAUGUGAAAUGGUUCAUCUGUUGAUUGCCAAUGUAGAAUUCAGUAUGCUAAUAAUGUGAAUGGGAAUGGUGAAUAUAUAUAAAAUUUUAUUAUGUAAACGGUAAUGGUGAAUAUUUAUGUAGUUUUAUUUGUAAGGGGUGCUAUAUGAAAAGAGAUUUGUAACAAAUUUGAAUUUUUGUAAUAUUGUUGAAGAUUGGGAAAAUUUCCACAUGCAGCACAGCAAAUUUAAUGGUUUUACAUAAGUUUUUUACGGACUAAAAAAUCAGUGAUUAGUCUUACAGAUGCCUUAUGGAGAUUAGGGGGUUCAAGGACCCUUUUUCAUAAUGCAAUGCAUUUUUAAUGUGACUAUUAAAAGUAGUAUAGGUUGUUUGGAAGAGUUCAAAUAUUUCACUAGUGAACACGGAAUUUGGGCCUUUUGGCUAUAAAGCACCUACUACUACAACGGUGUAUCGCAUCUUUUGAAACCGGGCGUCAUACUUUUUAUUACUUGUCGUUACGUACUUUUAACAGGAUUAUAGCUGGAUCUGACAAAUCAUAGUUUUUCAUUCAAAAUCCUGGUUUCGGAGAUAUAUUUAUGUGCUGCAUUCUAGUUUUAGAGUUAUAGUGUUUUGGUAGCGAAAAUGGCUAGAACAGAAGUGAUAGUUGAUGAGAGUAUCCAAAAAGGCAAGGGUGUGAGGAAAAGGCAUGAAGAGGGAGGAAAGUAUGCUCGAUACUCAGAAGAUCAGAUUGCAAUUCUUGAGAAAGCUUAUGCCGUGUGCUCAAAUCCAACACAUUUCCAGCGGCAACAGAUGAUGCGUGACCAGCCUGCUCUGAGGAGCAUAGACCACAAGCAACUUAAAGUCUGGUUCCAAAACCGCAGAUGUCGUGAAAAGCAGAAGAAAGAAAGCGGUGAUGUUGCAGCAGAAAACAGGCGGCUGCAUGAAGCGAAUAAGAUGUUAAAGGAAGAGAAUGAUGGUUUGAAUCAGAAGAUGGUCAUAAUAAUAAGUGAGAAUGGGGAAUUGCGGCACCAAGUCUUCAAUUUAACUUCUAUCGUUGCCACCUACCAUAUGCGCCUUCGGCCUGAAGCUAGUAAUCCCCAGGAGGUGCCUGUCAUUGUUGAUGAGAGAGGCCUUGUCUCACUGGCUGAGGAAACUAGGGCAGAGUUCCUCUCUAAAGCUAUUGGAACUGCUAUUAAUUGGGUCCCUGUUCCAUGGCAAAAGCUACAAGGUCCUGUUUCAGCCGGCAUUGUCUACAUCUCAUCCUCUUGCAUUGGAGUGGCAGCACGUGCAUAUGUUACAGUACCACUUGAGCCUUUCAAGAUAAUUGAAAUCUACAAAGACCGGACCUCCUGGUCUCGACAUUGCCGUAGUAUGAAUGUCUUUGCUCGGCGUACUGUAAACAAUGGGGGAACCAUUGAACUGAUUCAUACACAGUAUUAUGCUCCAACUAUGGUGGCCUGUGCUCGAGACUUCUGGACAAUAAGAUACACUUCUGUGUUGGAAGAUGGCUGCUUUGUGAUAUGUGAGAAAUCGGUAUCUACUUCUGAUGCUUCCCCAAGCUCACCAGCUGCACUAGAAUUUGUGAGAGGGAAGUUGCUGGCUAGUGGCUGUAUGAUUCGCCCUAGUGAAGGGGGAUCAACCAUAUAUCUUGUUGAGCACUUGGAUUUGGAGGCUUCAUCUGUUCCAGAGGUAGUUCGACCUCUUUAUGAGUCAUCUGAAAUUGUGGCAAAGAAGACGAUUAUUUCUGUACUCACCCAUAUUCAAAAUGUGGUCAAUGAGAAUAAUGGCACACAGAUACUUGAUCCCUAUGAGGAGCCCACUUUCCGGAGGUCUUUUAGCCACAGACUUAGUAGGGGUUUCAAUGAGGCUGUCAAUUGCUUUUCCGAAGAUGGGUGGGCAAUAAUGAAUCCUGAUGUCUCGGAUGAUCUCAUUCUGUCCAUUAAGCGAAAGCAGACUUUUGGAGACUCUGGGAAUUUUGAUAGCAUACUUUGCGUGAAAUUGUCUCUGCUACUUCAGAAUGUUUUGCCUGCAAGCAUGCUGAGGCUUCUGAAAGAGCGCCGAUCAAGUUGGAUGAAUUUCAACUUCACUAGCCACCCUGUAGCAUUUUCCAAAGCUGCUGGCUUUGCCCUUCCAGGACUGGGUACUCAUAGUUUAUCUGAAACUACAGUUUUGCUUGGCCAGACCAACCACGAGGAUGAGGUACUGGAAAUCGUACGAUUUGAUAACAUUUUGGAUCGUCAGCAGCACAAUACUUCUUCAAGGGAUUUGUAUCAUUUACAGAUUAGCAACGGAAUGGAAAAUAAUGGUUUUGGGACUUGCUCAGAAUUGAUUUUCGCCCCAAUCGACAGGAAUAUACCUAAUGAAUCUGUUCUAUUAGCUUCUGGAUUUCGAGUAUACUCCAUGGGCACAAGUUCACACUCCAAUGUGGCAUCGAAUGAGGGCAUUAACAACCCGCUCACAAUGGUCAUCAUAGCCUUCCAGUUUCCAUUUCAAUCUCAUCUUGUGGGAGAUGUUGAGGCCAUGGCGCGAGGCUAUCUUCGACAUGUAGUCUCCUCUGUGAAGGAAAUCUCUCUGGAAGCAGCGAUGCUGCUAGGAGCAACUCCUGCUCCUGAAACAAACUCUAUCGCAGCAAAUCCGGCCAUGGAGUACAAUGUCACUCCAGAACUGGAUUUCACUGUCAACCUCGCCAACUUGAUGUUCCAAAGUUACAGAUUGAGUUUAGGUGUGGAUAUUCUUGGUCUCAACCCCCAUUCUACUGAUUCACUGCUGGAACAGAUGCAUAAUCACCCGUAUGCCAUCCUCUGCUUCUCACUGGGGUCGCUCCCAGUCUGCAUCUACGCCAAUCCAGCUGGGUUCACCAUGAUAGAGACCACACCGGACAAUCUGCAGGCGCUCUCACUGGAUAGAGUUCUUGGUAGCGCGAACAAUUUAUUCCUGUAUUCCGUCCUCCCAACCAUACAACAGCAGGGUUAUGUGAUACUCCCGCCUGGAAACACUCUGUCGAUGAUGAACCGGAUCGUUUUGUACGGGAAAGCUGUGGCGUGGCAAGUGCUGGCUGCAGAUGGUUCGGUUAGUGGCCUCGCAUUAGCUUUCAUGGAUUGGUGCUUCCCUGAUAUCUCUUGAGGGCUGUGUUGUUGCCGAAGUUUUACUAAUAAUUUCCAUCGGAAUUGGUGGAGACUUAUAUUUCUAUUUUCUGAAUUGAACUACAUUUGAACCUAAAACAUCAUAAAUCAUUUCAUGCAUGAAUCAUGAAUGCAUCAAUGACUAUUGAAUUUGAUUUCCA